GUAGUCAACUGUAAGGAGAAAGAAAAAAAAAAAAAAAGAAAGACAACAAAAUUAGAGUCCUGGCCAGUCCGCGUGCUGGUUUCUCUGCUUGCCUGUCCGUGGUGGUGGACGGCUCGUGCGCCCACCCCACUUCCACAGGAAGGGAAUUAGUUGACAACGACUAGAUCCUGAAGGAGGUGCGACCAGUAAAAUGAUUAUUUGAUAGGUUCCCUCCCUCGACACCGUCCCUCCACCCGGGGGAGGUUUCAGUGCAGGAGCGGAUGAGACAACGGUAGGAGUGUUUGGAUGGAUGAAAGGGAAACGGAUGGGAUAAAGCAGCUGCGAUAGUCUGUACGGUAAUGUCAUCCAGGGGAGCACAGCCCGGCUGCUUCAUCAGGAUUGCGACUUCCUUACGUAACCGAGCUUUGUGGGGAGACUGGCGGGGAAACUGGGGCUGCCGAGCUGUUUAACUGCAUCUAGGAUAGGCAGGUGAGCAGAGAGGAGUGCAAUCGCAAGUUUCUCCAUCCACUCUCCACCCACUCAGCAUGAUCGACGGAAACGCCGUCUCCCGUCAGCAGUGAGUGUGUCAAAAUGAACGAGGGCUGCAGGCAGGGAGGAGGGGCCAUCACGGUGGAGGCAGAUGUCAUCCUCCAUGCUGUGAACCCUGAACUUGUCACGCCUUCUGACAAAGAUAUGAAUUCAUGUCCAGGCUACGUCCAAGGAUUCCUAAAGGACAGCCAGGAUUUCAGCCCGCCUCCUGUGUUCGAGAAGGAAUACCUGUUGGAUGGGACACUGAUGGAGAAUAAUAAUGUGGAUCAUCAGCAAGGUAACGGCUCGUUUAUCUCAAGAACUGAAAAGUUCUCCCUCCCAAAUGAUAAGGCCGCUCCUGACCUCUCUCCUUACGCUGACUCUGCUGUAACCAAUCACAUUUCUACCAUGCAACAAAAUUGUACAGGCAGUGAGAUCCACAAUGGCGCCAGAGCUAAAGUGUCUGACAAUUCAGACUCCUCCAUAAGCUCGCCCGGCCAGGCCAAACAGGAAACUGAUUGGUCAGUCCUGGAAUCAAACCUUGAACGCAGAGACAGCAUCGAGGCGAACACGAUGGCUAAAAAAGAUCCUGAUUUAGUCAUCGAGGUGGGCGGUCAGAGGAUCAGCGCUCACAAGUCUGUUCUGGCCGAAAAAAGUGAUUACUUCAAAGCUCGGCUGUCACGGGACAUCCUGAAAGUGAAGGGCAUCAGUUACAAGACUCUGUCCACGUUGAUCGACUAUGUUUACACCUCUAAAAUGAAUGUUUCCAAGGAUAAUGUAGUAGAAGUCAUCACAGGGGCUAAAAUCCUCCAGAUCCCCUGUGCCGUCCAGGCCGCCAUGGACUCCAUGUCUGCACAAGUCACUGCAGAGAACUGCUACGAGAUUCUCACCAUCGCCAAAAAGCAGCGGCUCAGCGAACUGAAGGAGACGGCCUACGGAUUCAUGAGCGACAACUUCCUCCAGAUUCUCAAAGACCCGUCUGUGUACGGUCGCCUGACUGGAUCUGAGCGCGAUCUUAUCCUGAAGAAGAGGAUGGAGGGGAGGAAGACACUCAUGGUGGCAGAGAUUAAUGAUGUGUUUGAUCGCGUUGGAAGUCGGCCGCCGAGCCGCUGCGGCAGCCGGCCACAGAGCCCGUUGUCCUUUGGGUCUUUGGAGGAGAAUCAUAUGAUUUACUACUAUAAUGAAACAGCAAACGACUGGAGGCCUUUGACAGCGAUGCCUGAGGACAUAAACACUAAAGGGUGUGGCAUCUGUACCAUGUAUAACUACCUGUUUGUGGCAGGGGGGAUAAAGGGCUAUGGAGACAAGGGCAAGGUUUCAGACAAGGUCUUCUGUUACAACCCAAUAACCAGUAGCUGGGCUGAGGUCAGACCCCUGAUGCAGGCCCGUGCCCAGCUAAAACUCGUGUCCAUGGAUGGCUACCUGUAUGCCAUUGGAGGGGAAUGUUUGUUUACAGUGGAAAAAUAUGAUCCCCGCAUGGACAGAUGGACUACUGUGGCCCCCUUGCCGAAGGGAGCCUUCGCUGUGGCGCACGAAGCCACGACGUGCAGCGGAGAACUCUACGUCUCAGGAGGCUCUCUCUUUUACCGCCUUCUCAAGUACGACACAAAGAGGGACGAGUGGCAGGAGUGUCCGUACAACAACAGCAGGAAGAAGUCCACAGACAUGGUGGCUCUGAAGAGCUUCAUUUACCGCUUCGAUGUGAACAGAGAGCUGGGGAUCAACGUGUUCAAGUACAACAGCAUAGUGAAAAUGUGGCAUGAUUGUGCAUCGCAGAGGCUUGGAAGUCAUUUACCCUUCAGGUGUGCUGUUAUCGGGAACUGCAUCUACUGUGUGAACAAAAGCCAGACUCUUCAGUUUGUAGUGGAGGAGGAGAACGCCUACUUCGUAGAGGAGCCGCUCAGGGCGCCUCUGGAAGCGAAAGGCGUUCUGUUUCCUUUUGUUCUCACUUUGCCUGAAAAGCCUGACAGGGUUACAUAGUGUGUGUGUGAAUGUGUGUGUGUGUGUGAUCCAGAAUAUCUCAACAAAUGUGUAAUAGCAAAACUGGAAAUAAGCAGAAGACCUUAUUUACACUCUUCAGUGUCAGCUCUCUAUCUUGGUGCGUCAUCGCCUGCUUGCAGUGGAAUGUGAACAUUUGCAUGGCAAUUUAAUGUGUCUGCAGCCUUAAAUGGGAAAAAAAACUUUUUUCUUUUAGUUUUGAAUGAAUGAAAACUUUCUUAGUGUCCAAACGUAGAUAUACAGUAAUAAUGACAGUGACUGUAGGUUCUUUUCUUUUGUGUAUUCACUGUGUUCAGUUUGGUUAGGUGCACUUUUAUAGCUAGAAUAGAUAUUAAAUAGAAACUAUUACCUAGUUGACCGAUGACUUUGGAAACAAAAGAUUUGUGUAAAGUUGUAUUAAAAGGAAGGAAGCAGAGUUAGUGAGCUUUACGAACGAUGCAACAUAAGGUCUAUGCAAACGACACUGAGUAUACAGUUUGGACUGCUGUAACACUAUGUAACAGUUAUCAGAGGACUCUGACUGGGAAGGAAUAGUAUUCCUCAAACUAGGGCUGCAACUAAUGUUGUUUUCACCGUCCAUUUUUGGUCAAUAAAAUAUCAAAGAAUAGUUUUAAAAACAGAAAUUCCCCAAACCUCGAGAAGACCAACAGUGAGAGGCUCGACAAAGGAUAGUAUAUUUUUUAUAUACAGUAUAAUAGAAGAAAGCUUCAGAUUGUCUCCUGAGAAACAAGAACAGGAUGUCUUUCCUUGCUUCUUGCUACUUUGCUCAUGGUGGAUUAAUGUUGGGUCUUUGUAAACACAUGAUAUAAAUAUAUGAUACAACAAAGAGCUCUUUUUUUAAAGUGUCUUCAGAUAACAUUUAUUAUGAAUUGGCACCAUACAAAUAAUGAUCGAUUGAUUGAGAUUAAAACAGCAAAUAUUUGACUUCUAUACGUUUAUGAUCGACAAACGGCUGUAGCUGUACUUCAUCUCUGAUCAGUGAUGCAUUCAUGUGACUCAAGGUCAAAGUGAAGUCAGCAUAAAAGCAAAUAUUUGAAUAUUUGUACCAGACAAAUAUGCUCUUUACAAAGCAGGUACAGCACGGUGCCUUUUCGGUCAAAAGAAAGAAGAAGUUUAAAACAGCCUUGUCAGAAACUUUGUAAUCUUCUGAGAGAGUCUGAAAAUCUUUCAAAGUUAAAAUGAACUAUUACAGUUUAAAAGUACAUUGAUAAGAGAUGAAGGGAAGACCAUUUUGUUUAUAAUGUGUAAUCACUGAAGUCCCUACAUAGAGCACAUUUGCCAAAGACAAACAACAAUUCAGGUAGUCUUUAAAAAAAGCUUAUACUGAAAUCUUGUGAUUUUGUGAAUCACAUUCCUAAUAACAGUUGUUCCUCUGAUGUCACCAUGGUCAUGUUGAUAAUAAAUGCAAUAGGCCUAGUUGUUGUUUUUUAAGAGAAAGGGCAUGAUGUUUGCUGCUAAAAGGCACUUUCUGGGAAGUUAAAGGAAAACUAGCCAUUCACGACACACACAGAUGGAUCUUGUAUCUUAGGCUCUCUUUGAAGAAAACAACAGACUAGUGUUUUGCUGCUUGCACAUUUCCACACAGAGUGGGUUGAUCCUUUAGGUCUUUAGUCAAAUCAGAUACCAGAGUUCUUCAGCAGUUCAUGGUCAUGACCCAAGUUGCUUCCAAUAAAAACAAACUGCUGCCAUGACACAAUCACACCAGUUUCCUUUUGCAUCUGAGCACAUUAGUUACAAUUUUAGGUCUACAUCUUUUAGAUAUUUCUCAGUUUUUGUUUGCUGCUGCAAUAACAGAGGGAGUUUUGUAAAGAGGCUAAUGUUGUUAUAUUCUUGAAACAAAUAGCUUUUGAUAAUGUUUGAAGAAAUAUCUCUAAGCAGUCAAAAGGACUAUAGAAACAUGGAUGUGGUUUCGAUAUUUCGCUGACUGCCAUCUGCAUUUUUUGUGAUUUUUUUUGUAUGGACUUGGUAGUUGUGGAUCUGCUGAUGUGAUCGACGGUAAAGUGACGCAAUGCUAAGUAAUGGCUUUCUGUUAAAGGCAUACGGCGUGGGCUGACAAAUAAGCUGUUGGAUAAUGUAUAUCAGUCAGAAAUAAGUGCUUCAAAUAAAAUAUUUUGUGUCUGAAUAU